CACCGCUCAAAAAGAAGGGAAUUUCAAAGUUAUCAAGCCUGUUCAAUGGUACCUAUUGGCGGGCUAGUCAUUGCAGUCGUUAUUCUUUUGUCUGGAAUCUUUAUAUUCAGGCGAUUCUUAAGUAGAUCAACUAAGUCAGGUGGAUCGCGUCCCCAUGCACAUGCAGCUGCUGCUGGUCGAGCACGUCGCCGCAUUGGAAAUGUAGGUGGACAACGUCGUUUGGCUGCUCGAAUGAGAAAUGUGUCGGAAUCUGAGGACGACGAUAGGCGUGUUGAAAAUGCUGUGGAUAAUCCAGACACUCAACCAACAGAUAUAGAUCAUUCAAAUGAAAGUUCAAAGAAAGUCGGAGCCAAAAAAGCUGCCAAGUUAGCAGAAAAGGAACGUCGAAAAGAAGAGCGAGAAGCUGAGGAACGUUACCGGGAACACCAAAGGAAAAUUGAAGACAUGGAGAUAGAAAAACGUAAGAAGGCAGAAGAAGCGGAAGAAAAGGCUGCAGCCGCAGCAGCUGCUGCUGAAGCAAAACGUCGUGAGGAAGAAGCAGCUCGUGAACAAGCCGAGUAUGAACGUUUAAAACAAGAAUUUAGUAUUGAAGAAGAAGGCGUAGAUGUACAACAACAUGAUGAUAAAGCAAAAGCAUUAAUUAAUGCACAACUUAUUGAAGCUAUUGAAGAAGCGAAAAUUAUUCCAAUUGAACAUUUAACAGUGAAUUUAAAUUUGAAAACUGAGGUUUGUGUCGAAAGAAUCAAAGCACUUAUGUCUUCUGGUCGAUUAACUGGUGUAUUGGAUGAUCGUGGCAAAGUUAUUCAUAUUACUAAUGAUGAAUAUGAAGCAGUUGCUCAAUUCAUUGAAAAACGUGGUCGUGUCACUUUGUCGGAAUUAGUUGAGAAUGGGCAUAAAUUGAUUAGAACUGGGCCAAUUACUGCAAAAGGAUGAUGAUAUGCAUUCAUUCAUCACAGUUUCUUUAAAUUAUUUUGUACAUGUAUAGUUGUUAUUUUGUGAAUAUGAUUUUUUUCAAGAAAAUCUCCUAUGUGAUAAUGAUUGUCAAUGUUGUUUAUUUUGUAACAAAAGUACUUUUCUAGUUUCUAUUCUUACAGAUCAGAUUACCACAAAGUGGGAUAAGGGUUAUUUCGGAGUUAUGCUUGAUUUUUGAUUGAUUGAAUGAAUGUGUUUAAUUUAUGAACAAUGUAAUUUACUCUAAUACACUUGGAUGUAUGUACCAGACUGAUGAUAUAACUGAUAUUAUCAUUAUCUUGUGUAAUUUAUUUAUGUGUAUGGUUUUCAUUCAAGAUAAUCAAAUAAAGUUUUGUAAAAAAAUAAACGAAACUAAAAUACAUUUCAUA